CCCCGCCCAGCGCUCAGCUCAGCUGCGCCCCAAGCUCCCCGCGUCUGUGCCGGGCUCGGCGGACGCGGUCGCCAUGACGGCGGCCGUGUUCUUCGGCUGCGCCUUCAUUGCCUUCGGGCCGGCGCUCGCCCUCUACGUCUUCACCAUCGCCACGGACCCGCUGCGCAUCAUCUUUCUCAUCGUCGGAGCUUUCUUCUGGUUGAUAUCUUUACUGGUUUCCUCCCUUGUCUGGUUCGUGGCAAGAACCGUUGCUGGCAACAGAGAUGGACCAAUAGAGACAUACCUGCUGAUCUUUGGAGUGUUGAUCUCAGUUCUCAUCCAGGAAAUAUUUCGGUUUGCAUAUUACAAACUUUUAAAAAAAGCCAAUGAGGGUUUGAAGACUAUUAAUCCAGAUGAACCAGGGCCUUCCAUGCGCCUGCUGGCAUAUGUUUCUGGCCUGGGCUUUGGAAUCAUGAGUGGAGUGUUUUCCUUUGUGAACACCCUGUCUGACUCCCUGGGACCAGGCACAGUGGGCAUUCAUGGAGACUCUCCCUUCUUCUUCCUGUAUUCAGCUUUCAUGACGCUGGUGAUCAUACUGCUGCACGUGUUCUGGGGCAUUAUAUUUUUUGAUGGCUGUGAGAAGAAAAACUGGUACCCCCUUCUUGCAGUUAUUCUGACCCACCUGCUGGUGUCAGCCCUGACUUUCCUUAAUCCUCAGUAUGAAAUAAGUCUGGUAUUGGCCUAUAUGAUCAUGCCGCUCAUGGGCACCUGGGCAUUCUUUGUGGCCGGAGGCAGCCGCCGAAGCCUGAAAAGAUACCUACUCUGCCAAGACAAGGACUUCCUCCUCUACAGCCAGCGCUCCAGAUAGCCUCCCGCAGCCAGCGCUCCCACACAAUUCUCAGAACUCACGUCUGCUCAGGAGAGAGAAAGCAACAGCUCUUGUUCCAGGGGCGGCCCAAUUAUGAAUAACAUCUACAGAGCAUCAACCCGCACUGCCCCCCGGACGGGCAUGUGGGCUUGGGCUCCCUACUCUGUCCUUCUCACACUCACAGCUUCCAAGAUCCCUCAGACCAUGUCUCCCAUGCUCUCUACAGUCUGGUCGGCAUGUCUGACCCAAAGGACAGGACUGGGAAGAUGCCCUUCCAUCUUUCAAAGACUAUCUCCUUUCUUUCAUCCCAGGCACCUGGACCCUGUGCCUGUGCUUCCCACCCCACCCCCCCCACCCCACCCCCCCACCCCCCACGGUCAGACUAAAGGUCAUGUCACAGUAGGAGGGUCAGAGGAAGACAACACCGGCUUCCCUGAGGCAGGACUUGAGUCUUCAAAGCAAACCAAAGUAGAGGGUGUGCAUGGGUACGCGCUGGUGCGAAAGCUUAGACGAGGAGCUGACCUUUGACCUGAGUGAAGCCCUGGAGAAAGUGACUUCCCAUUAUCGCAGCCCCCACAGCGACGUGGUGUGUGUCCCCAGAGCCCCGACCGCUUCUGGUCUCACACAGAUGAAGCACACAGCUCCGAGUCCCCGCUCCCGGGGAGCUCUCCCAUCCACGAUCGCCCUGGGAGAGGCCGCACAUCAGGGUGGGGGGCACCCAGCUAGAGGCCCCCACGGGUCUGGGGUGUUUGUGGGGUGAGCUGCACAGAACCUUCGGGUAGCUCCAGUGUCCAGGGCGCCGCCGUGUGAAAGCAUCCAAAGCAAAGUCCGUCCGCGGUGCCUGCAGCGCCGGGGCCUCAGGCGUGGGCCUCCGCCUCCUUCCUGAGGGCCGGCUUGUAAAUGACGCCUUUAUUGCCGCUGCCUUUCUUACUGCUGGAAGGAGAGGGACACACACAGCUCGUUAGUCAAAGGGGGAGAGAGGCCGAGCGCAGCUUUGCUCAGCUAGGUAAUGAGGCGAGUGUUAGGAAGCAGAUUCCUGUCUCGGGACCUUUUCUGUCUGUUUUCAGCGGGAAUGGCUGCAUCUAAAGCAUGAACCAAGAUGGGA